AGACUGUCUGUUUCCAUGAUUAAUGGGGCCCAUUCAGAGUUUGACAGCUGUGCUCCUCCUCCUGCUUGGUCUUUGUGCUGGGCAGAGGAUGGUAACUGUUCAGAAGGGCCCUCUUUAUCGAGCAAGAGGCUACCACGUCACCAUCUGGUGCAAUGUCAGUGGCUAUAGGGGGCCAUCUGAGCAGACUUUCCAGUGGUCUGUGUAUCCGUCAUCCGCACCAGAGAGGGAAAUGCAACUCAUCAGCACUGGAGAUUCCAGUUUCCCUUAUGCUUACUAUGCCCAGCGUGUCAGGGCAGGAGAAGUCUAUGUAGAGAGGAUCCAAGGGGAUUCUGUCCUCCUGCACAUCACUAAGCUUCUGGAUCAGGAUGCUGGCAAGUAUGAAUGUUACACACCCAACACUGAAGUCCUGUACUUCGGGAGUUACAGCGCCCAAACAAGCCUGACAGUAAUCUCAGACACACUGUCUGCUACCAUGAAACCACAGGAUUUCAUCCAAGUUGAAGGAGAUUCAUUAGAACUCGUCUGUGAAGUGUCAACAGCAACAGCCCAACACACCCACAUUUCUGUUGCCUGGUACCUUGUUCAAGGAGAUGGAGAAGACCAGGAGAUCCUUUCCCUGUCCAGAGAUUUUGUCCUGAUUGCAGGAUCUUCCUAUAAUCAGAGGGUUUCUUCAGGAGACAUCAGGUUAGACAAAAUUGGGGACAAAAAGUAUAAACUGACCAUUGUUAAGGUACUGCCUUCGGACCAGGGGAAAGUGUAUUGUGAAGCGGUUGAGUGGAUUCAAGAUCCUGAUGGAACUUGGAAAGAUAUCACCCGGAAACAGACAAACAAGACUUCUCUGACUGUCCGGAGCCUUGAUAACAAUAUUUCUGUUACAAUCUCUGUUGAUAAAAGCUCUGUUCUGGAAGGGGAAGUCCUGCAUAUCAAUUGCUCUGUGCAAGCCCAGAAUAUCCAAAACAGAUGGUUCCAGAUGGUGUGGCUUCAUCGUGAGAGGGUGGCUGCUAGCAUUGAUCCACACGGGGCAUUGGCUUUUCCAGAGGACAACGGGGACAGGUACACCAUGGGGAAUCUCCUCGUGAGGAAGCAGAGCAAUGAAAAGUACAUCCUCAGGAUAAACCAGGCGGAACUGAAUGACAAAGGCACAUACCGGUGCGAGGUUUCUGAAAUGGAGAGGUCUUCCAUAGGCUCCCUUGCUGUAAAGAAAAAAAUGUCAUCUUCUGGCACCGACAUAGAUGUGUCACCUAGAGGAAGCCAGUUGAAAUUGAUUCUGUGGGUCAAUGAAGAACGAAUAAUGGAAGGAGAAGCUUUGACCUUCCACUGUAACGCAGGUGUGGCUGAAAAUUCUCUGUCUGUGAAAUGGUGGUAUAUCUCAAAGAACAAAAGCCCUCCAAUGCUCAUAGCUAACAUGGAUCGAGAUGGCAUGUUAAGGAUAGGAACUUCUUACUUGGAGCGCAGCACUCAUGGUGACCUCAGAUUAGAAAAGGUAAACUCUUCUACCUUUACCUUGACCAUCUACAACACUUCAGCUACAGAAGAUUCAGGGCUUUAUCGUUGUGAAGUGACAGAGUGGUUCAAAAGCAGAAGCUGGCAACACACUCAGGAAAUCUCAGCCACUGUUGAAUCACUGGGGAUGAAUUUGAAAGCCGUACUGAUCAGCAGAGUUGCAAAUGUCAAGCUGCAUGAAGAUUUCGAACUGCACUGUCGGCUGUCAGUUAACCGCAGCACCAACAGAGUACCAAUAUCCGUCAUUUGGCAAUUCCAUCCUAGCUCAGCCCAGACGGGCUAUCAGCAAGUGGUGAAAAUCUCUGCAGGAGGCACCGUUGAAUGGGGAUCAGCCCUUCUGCACUUCCAGAAGAAAACCAAGAUUACCAAAUCCCCCUCUUUAUCCCAACUUCUAAUCCACAGCGCUACAUGGCAAGAGGCAGGGAUAUAUAAGUGUGAAGUAGAAGUCUGGAGAAACUCUCAGCAAGCCAGAGAUUCGGGUAUAGCAGCGGCUGCGGUGGUAUCCUCUAAUCCUGUUGAAAUAAAAGUCACCCAACCAGAAAGCAAGCUAAGAGUCAGCCAGGAGAUUAAGCUUUUGGAAAUCUCUACAAACGAUGCUACAGAAAUUAAAUGCGAAAUCAUCUCAUGGAGCAAAGUGGAGUCUCAGUUAGGAGUAUCUUGGUACUUUCAGCCAUUGUCUCCAGUGGGUGCGGUCCCACAGCUCAUUUUAGUUACCAAUUAUAGUAGCAUAGUGGAAUACGGGGAAGCUUUCAGUUCUCCUCAGAAGAAAUCUAGAUUCCAUAGUGAGAAGGUUUCCAGUCACCUGUAUCAGCUUUCUGUUUCGUCAGUGGAUUAUGACGUCAGUGGCACAUAUUACUGUGUAGUAGAGGAGUGGAAGUGGUCAGAGGACAGCGGCUGGUACAACCUUGGAAAGAUGGAAUCAGGCAGAACUACUGUGAAGUUCAAGCCUUCAGAAAAAAAACUACACAUUGAAAAUACAAACCACAGCAUCACUGUCCCUGGAAAUGAGGACGUGACCCUGACGUGUCUCCUCCAGAGCCAAAUAAGCCCCACCUCUCGCUUCUCCAUCAGUUGGUUCAAAGACUCAAUCCACUCCAGUACAGAAACCCUGCUGAAAAUAAAAGACAAUGGCAUCAUUGAGUACGGAAAUGGGAACAUGGCAAGGAGGUUGCGCCCCCACUGUCCUUCUACUGGUGACUUUCAUCUGACCAUACAGGAUGUGGAGGUGGGGGAUUCUGGGCUGUUCUACUGCCGAGUGGAGGAAUGGGACGUCAACUGCAGCACCGCUCAAGUCCAACAAGCAUCAGUUCAGUCAGGAUACAGCGAGCUUGUGGUGCUUCCUCCUGUGUCAACUGAUUCUACAGAGAUCUGUUCUUCUGCACCACUCUUCCAUUUGCUUUUGUUCUACCCUCUGGCAAUGUUCCUGAUUUUGAUGACUGGUAUUCUCUUCUUGUGCUUCAAAAUCAAAUUAAUCCGCCAGAAACCACAGAAUCUGAAAACCAAACAAGGAUUAUGGGGGGAGACUGGGCUCGUGGAACCUGACCAUCUGCAAGUCAGUGGCGAAAGGAGUUUCCUGGAAGCAGAUGCAGUCGAAGUUCGUAAUAUAGUUGAUAAAAUCAGAAUCAAGCUUUUUGUUAUUCCAGCCAGAAAUAUUCCAGGACAUCAUUUGGACAUCUCUAACAGGGCUCUUUGA